GCGUAUGACCCAGGCCUUCGGCGGCGGUCCAGAGGGUUCGCCCCAAAGAGAAACCACUGCGGGCGGCGGCGUUAGCGGCGGCUUGCGGGGCGCGUGGUCAGCCAGAGACCUGAGGGUCUGGGGGGCUGGGUGCAUCCGGAAGAGGGUCCCCAGGGGCCAGACGGUCCCGGGGCAGGAUCUCGAAGGCGGGCCCCGGCGGGGGCGGGGCGGGCCCAGAGGAGGGUCCCGGGCGGUCCCCGGCGGGCCCGAGCCCGCGGCCAUGGCCGCGCCCGCCGAUCCGCGGCGGCUGUGCCGGCUGGUGCAGGACGGCCGGCUGUGCACCCUGCGCGAGGAGUUGCGGGCGGCGGGGCACGCGGGCUGCGCGGGGCCAGCCGGGGACACCCUCCUGCACUGCGCCGCCCGCCACGGCCGCCGGGACGUCUUGGCCUAUCUGGUCGAGGCCUGGGAUCUGGACAUCGAAGCCGCCAACCGGGACUACAAGCGGCCUCUGCACGAGGCUGCCUCCAUGGGCCACCGGGACUGCGUGCGGUACCUGCUGGGCCGGGGGGCCGCGGUCGACUGCCUGAAGAAGGCCGACUGGACUCCUCUGAUGAUGGCCUGCACGAGGAGAAACCUCGAGGUGAUCCAGGAUCUCGUGGAGCACGGCGCCAAUCCGCUCCUGAAGAACAAAGACGGCUGGAACAGUUUUCACAUCGCCAGCCGUGAGGGCGACCCUCUGAUCCUCCAGUACCUGCUUGCGGUUUGCCCCUCUGCCUGGAGGACAGAGAGCAAGAUCGGGAGGACCCCGCUGCACACGGCAGGUGUGGUCCAGACCUGCGGGAUGCCCCCCCAUGCAAUGCAUGGCUGUUUAGAGGCAGUAGAGGUGCUUCUUCAGAGGUGCCAGUACGAACCGGACUGCAGAGACAGGUGUGGCCUCACGCCCUUCAUGGACGCCGUUCAGUGUGGCCACACGGACGUGGCCAGGCUGCUCCUCAAAAAACACAAGGCUUGCAUGUCUGCUGAGGACUCGCUGGGGGCCCAGGCCAUCCACCGGGCAGCAGUCACUGGGCAGGAUGAAGCCAUCCGAUUCCUGGUCUCGGAGCUUGGCGUCGACGUUGAUGCAAGAGCAGGAUCCACCCAUCUCACGGCACUUCACUUUGCAGCUAAGGAAGGUCACGUGAGCACAGUCCAGAUGCUCUUAUCCUUGGGUGCUGACAUCAACUCCAAGGACGAAAGAAAUCGAUCAGCCCUGCACCUGGCCUGCGCGGGGCAGCACGCGGCCUGUGUCCAGUUCCUCCUGAGCUCUGGGCUCCAGGACUCUCCGGACGUCACAGGCGCCCUGGCUCAGCAUCUCACACGGAGCCCCAACGUCCUUCAGUGCUUCAACAACAGCACGAUGGCUGAGGGCAUUUCCAGAGGUAGACAGUGAAUCCAUGGGAAUGCGUGUGCUGCUACUUCAGUUGCCAGCAGGUGCAGUGAAAUAGGCCAGGAGCCGGUGUUUUCUGCACACCCCCUCAGGUGGAGCACCGCCUCCUUCCCACCCCCCGCCCUGGGAUGAGGCAGCUGGCUUCCUGGCUUGAUGACAGCCCAUUGCACAUUCGGACUCUUUCCAGGAUCUCUGAUUCACUUUUUCUACCUUCGAGUGGAGUUGAUCAUGGGGAUGAAGUCUUCAUCUGGAAUCCUUAGGGAAGCAUAAAAAUACAGGGUGGGGACUUCCCUGGUGGUUCAGUGGUUAAGAUUGUACUUCCGCUGCCAGGGCCAAGGUUCAAUCCCUUGUUCGGGAACUAAGAUCCCCACAUGCCUCGAGGUACAGCCAAAAAAUAAAAUAGUUGUUUUAAAAAAGAAAAUACAGUGUGCCGGCUGUUAUGUGUGAGAUGUUUUAUAAUAAAUCACGUGUGGAAAGGCCAUGAUAACAUUUAGAAUGUAGCAACUUGCCAUUGCCUUGAGCCACAAAACAUGACUGGCCUGUUUACUUUCUUCUUUCACAGGCUUUUCAUUGGUCAUUACAGUGGUUUAGCUUUUGGUUUCAAAGCCGGAAAGGAAAUGCAAGGAUCUAUUUACAUAGACAGUUUAAAAGCAGUUAAUGGAAAUGCGUCUGUAUUCUAAACUCUGCUUCUUAAUGUUAAACAUUAAAACAUUUAAUGUACAUUAAAGCAUUUAAUUAAACAUUUAAAGUUUAAAACAUUAAACUAUAAUGUUUUAAUCAUAAGGUUAUUAUUUUUUUAAUGACAAUUCUGUAUUGGCUCACUUUGGAUAAUAAACGCGUCUACAAACA